CUCCAAUCAGCUAAGCCAUACCAGCCAGGGCAGGGUUUAUUGUUUGUUUGUUUUUUUAAUCUUUUUGUAAGGUAAUUCCAAAUAUAAGCCCUGGAGAAAAGCUUUCUGUUUGUAAUCCUGGUCACCACUUAUAAAAUAUAGCCUGUAUUAUUCUAGACCCCAGUUUUAUCAUCUGUAAAUCAGGAUAAUAAUGUUGAACUCACGGGUCAACAGAAUAAAUGGGAUAAUAUAUGAAAAGUGCUUAGACUGUGGCACAUUGUAAGUACUGAAUAAAGGCGGCUCCUGCUUUAUUAUUUCAGAAGUUAAAAUGCUUUCAUGAAAGCCUUCUUGUAUGAUUAUGUUGGCUUCCUUCUCCCCCUCCAGGAAGAGAAGUACUAGGCCAUCGAAAUUAUGUCCUCUGCUCUUAAACUUGUCCCAAGAUCAAACUAAAGCCUAGAAAUGGAGCAUAUUUUAGAAGACAGAAGGCAUUGCAAUGCAACAGAAAAAAAGACUUAGGUUUUGGAGAACUCAGAUUUGUUAAAUUCCAGGCCUUCCACUUACCAGCUUUGUAACUUUGGUCUUGGUCUGUAAAAUGUUUAUAAUGUACAAAUAAUCUUAGAGACCACAAGGACUGUUGGGGGUUGAAUGAGAUAAGCUUUGCAAACUUCUAAUAAAAUGACCACUCUAAAGAAUGUCUUUAAAAAAUGGUUAUUUUUCUUACUCCUUUAAAGGUGCAGGAACAGUUAAUUUAGAAGAAUAAAGGUCUUAGGAUCAGAAAAGUAGCAGAGCAUCUGAGGGCAUUUUUGAGGAGUGCGAUAAGCUUAUUGUGCCUGUUUGUUCCUACAGAGGUUUAGACUACCAACGACGGGCUUAAAUUGCUUCAGAAGGAAUUUCAGUUGACAAGAAACAUGUCAUGUGUUGUGUAAUCCCAUUCUCAAGAGACGCCGGAGAAGGAUAGAUAACUAUCUUUCUAGAACAGCACGGGUUUAGUGCACAGCAGCCUUGAAACUGGGGACAAAGGAUAGACUUCAUCUAGUUCCCAUCUGUGUUUAAAUGGUGAAGAGAGUAUUGACUUUUCUGGCUCUAAAAAUGUAAGCCUUGCUUUAUCCCACAGAAGGAUCAUGUCAAAGUGUUUUCUUUUAAAAAGAAAAUGUGCUCCUUUAGAGAACAUGUAUUCGUUCAUCUAAAAUUAGUGCUUCUUGGUCAUUGAUGUAGGACUUCUUUAGAACUCUUGAGUAUUAUUAAAGGAAGUUUUUCCUGUUGCACUUUCUUCUGCUUUAGUUCAUUCACUCAAUCAUGCAACAUGUAUUUAUUGACAACUAAUAUUCCUGGCACUCUGCUAGAUGUUGGUUAUGAAAACGUGAACAAAACAUUCCUCAUGGAAGAGGAUUCAGUCUACUGCCCUUACAACCCCUAGUGGGCUUUAGAGGAGCUCCCCACAAAGGAGCAUACUUUGAGUCACUGAAAAAUUAGAUUCUUUUGGCUACAGUUACAGUUGGCUAUAUGUUUGGCAUGUACAAAAACAGGCUUGACUCCACGUGUGCCUGGGAUUGCCAUCCCUAGAGACUUCCUUCAGGCAACGUCCCUUGUGUGUAAUCUGGACAGCAGUCUGGGACCUGCAGAAGAGGUGCCCGUUGUUGACAGCACAUGGGAAAUUAAACUUGGGCUGGUCACGGGUUGAACGUUGUAAAAUAGAAGAUUUCAGUGUCUCUCCUUUUAGUACAGGAGAAGAGAUUUUUCCUUAGAACCAUCAUGGCGAUGUUAACUCGCUCAGCCGACUAGCGGCACAGAGGAAAAGUGCUGCUCAGGUCUGAAUUGGUGAGGCUGAAAGCUGCAAUGAUAGUACAUGUCCCUGUUACAAAGAGCACUGCUUUGCCAGGAAGAGCCAGAUGCAGUAAAAAGCACAGCACAAAAGAACUUUGGUCGUGCAAUGCCUCUGUUUUUAUCCAGAUAGGCUAGUAGCAUGUUUAUUCAGCACGGUGCCUCUGCUGAGAUAAGACCUGCUUCCGUCAAAUGCCCUGGACUGCCGCUUGUUUAGCUGCAGAACUUAAUGAGUAAUGAAUGUGCUUGUCUGGCUGAUAGAAAGUAUUUCCACAGACUGCGGCUGUGUUUAUAGAGAGCUAGAGCGACCACAGGCAGCAGUUUGUCGUCUUAGGUAUCAGCAACGUCUUCUCUUUUAACAACUAGAGGAUUUAUUUUUAACAGCUUGACUCAGUGUUUGUCAGAUGAUUUGGACCAUCAAACUGCAGAUUGAAGUGCCCAGCACGGGGGAAGCUGGAAUGGCAAAGGAAAGGGGCUGGCUGGGAAAAGGGGUGGGAUUUCAGCAUCACCGAACCUCCAAGGCUCUGCCUCCCAAUGUGGGAGAGAGUUCGGGGCUUCCAGCGGCAUGAGUGUCUGUGCAGGUCAGGCUGGGAACUGAAGGCUGAUUGAUGGGUGCCUUCAGCCGCUUAAAGACAUAAUUGCCCACUGGUGAUUGGGGUAUUGUGAGGAGGCUCCCAGGACCCAGGGACCAGAGUAUUUUGAGCACCAGCCUCUGCUGUUCGGCAGAUUGAGCUCUUCUCCUGCUUGAUGCUUCCUGUCUCCAGAAGCCUCUCACCAUGAUCGAUAGCUCUAAGAAGCAGCAACAGGGGUUCCCAGAGAUUUUAACUGCUGGGAAUUUCGAGCCAUUAAAAGAAAAGGAAUGCCUUGAGGGGAGCAACCAGAAAAGUCUCAAGGAAGUGCUCCAGCUGAGGCUGCAACAGAGGAGAACGAGAGAACAGCUAGUGGACCAGGGCAUCAUGCCACCUUUGAAGAGCCCAGCGGCAUUCCAUGAGCAAAUAAAAAGCUUGGAACGAGCCAGAACUGAAAACUUUUUGAAGCACAAGAUUCGGAGCCGACCAGAUCGUUCUGAACUUGUCAGGAUGCACAUUUUAGAAGAAACAUUUGCGGAGCCAUCCCUCCAGGCCACUCAGAUGAAGUUGAAAAGAGCUCGCCUAGCUGAUGAUCUGAAUGAAAAGAUUGCUCAGAGACCUGGUCCUAUGGAGCUGGUAGAGAAGAACAUCCUGCCUGUAGACUCCAGUGUUAAGGAAGCAAUUAUAGGCGUUGGGAAGGAGGACUAUCCCCAAACUCAGGGCGAUUUCUCAUUUGAUGAAGACAGCAGUGAUGCUUUGUCUCCAGACCAGCCAGCCAGCCAGGAGUCGCAGGGGUCAGCCGCAUCCCCCAGUGAGCCAAAAGUUAGUGAAUCACCAUCUCCUGCGACUACCAGCACUCCAACCCAGUUUACUUCAGUGUCCCCAGUAGUUCCUGAAUUCUUGAAAACUCCUGCUACUACGGAUCAGCCCCCCACAAGGUCCACAGCUCCUGUGGUCCCUAUAAACACUGUGUCCUCAACAAAGCCUGGGCCAGCACUGGUGAAGCAAAGCCAUCCUAAGAAUCCGAAUGACAAACACCGUAGCAAAAAAUGCAAAGACCCUAAACCACGGGUAAAGAAGCUGAAGUACCACCAAUACAUUCCACCAGACCAGAAAGGUGAGAAGAGCGAGCCACAGCUGGACUCCAACUAUGCCCGCCUGCUCCAGCAGCAGCAGCUGUUCCUGCAGCUACAGAUCCUGAGCCAACAGCAGCAACACUACAACUACCAGACCAUCCUGCCUGCACCACUCAAGCCUCUCAAUGACAAAAAUAACAACAGUGGGAAUUCAGCUUUGAAUAACACCAUACCUAACACAGCAAGACAGAAUAUGUCUGCUCCCAUGAGAAAGCCAGGACCUCUGCCGUCCAGCCUGGAUGACUUAAAGGUAUCAGAACUGAAGACAGAACUGAAGUUAAGGGGUCUUCCAGUGUCAGGCACCAAACCGAACCUUAUCGAACGCCUGAAACCCUACCAGGAAAUGAACAGCAAUGGCGUUGCUACUGAUGGCAUUGUGGCAGUGUCAACAUCUGCCAUCAUCACCAGUAACCCAGAAGUCACCAUGGCGUUGCCAGUUACCACACUACAAAACUGUGUAACUAGCUCAGGCUCCACUUUCAAGGCAGAACUGCCAUCUACUGGAACCAGCAAUGCAGCCCAUGUGGAAACUGUUAACUCGCCUCUGCCGAUCUCACCAUCUCCUUCCGAACAGUCCAGUCUCAGCGCCGAGGACACAAACAUGGCAGACACGUUCACUGAGAUUAUGACCAUGAUGUCUCCUUCACAGUUCUUGUGUUCAUCUCCUUUGAGAGUAACAGGUAAUGAAGACAGCCUAAGUCCCACCAGCAGCACUCUGUCCAAUCUGGAACUGGAUGCAGCUGAGAAGGAUCGCAAGCUUCAGGAGAAAGAGAAGCAGAUUGAAGAGCUAAAGAGGAAACUGGAACAAGAGCAGAAGCUCGUGGAAGUUCUGAAAAUGCAACUUGAGGUUGAAAAACGAGGGCAGCAGCAGCAGCAGCAGCAGCAGCGACCACUGGAACCCCAGCCUGGUGCCCCAGCUAAUUCUGUCAGCCAGUUAGAGCAGAAGCAUGGCAGCAUCAGUUCCGCCAUCAAAGAUGAGACCUCACUCACAGACUGCUCCAGCCCCAGGCAGCCUGUCCCAGGAGCGAGCCAUUCUGUGGGCCAGCCUGUCUCUACAGGUGGCCAGACCCUUGUUGCCAAAAAGGCUGUGGUGAUCAAGCAAGAGGUGUCUGUGGCCCAGGCAGAGCAGCAGAGCAUCGUCCCACAGUUCUACGUGAGUUCCCAGGGACAGGCACCGCCUGCUGUUGUUGCCCAGCCUCAGGCUCUGCUGACCACGCAAACUGCUCAGCUGCUGCUCCCAGUAUCCAUCCAGGGCUCCAGUGUCACCUCAGUGCAGCUCCCCGUAGGCAGCCUCAAACUCCAGACUCCACCACAAGCAGGAAUCCAGACUCAGCCUCAGAUAGCAGCCACCGCCUUGUCCUCAGGCUUGGUCCAGACUGUACCUCAGAAACCAGACACGUUCACACCACAUGUGCUCAGUCAGCCACAGCAAGUCAGAAAGGCUUUCACCAGCUCAGCAUCCAAUACAGUCCUUUCGUAUCAGAGACCACCCGCCCCAGCGGUCCAGCAGCCCUUCAUUAACAAGACACCCAGCAGUGUUCUCCAGUCCAGAAGUGCACCCCUCCCAUCCCUGCAAAACGGACCCAGCCCUCCCAGCAAGCCAAGUUCACCCCCUGCAACCCAGCAGUUUGUCGUCCAGCACUCUCUGUUUGGGAGCCCAGUCCCCAAGACGAAAGACCCUCCCCGCUAUGAGGAGGCCAUCAAGCAGACACGCAGCACCCAGUCCUCUCUUCCAGAGGUCUCCCACACGCACAGUCAGCAAAUGGACGACCUCUUCGAUGUCCUCAUCAAGAGUGGAGAGAUUUCCCUCCCUAUAAAGGAAGAGCCUUCUCCCAUUUCCAAAAUGAGACCAGUGACAGCCAGCAUCACCACAAUGCCAGUCAACACAGUGGUGUCCCGGCCACCACCCCAGGUCCAAAUGGCACCACCGGUAUCCUUAGAACCUAUGAGCAGUUUAUCUGCCAGCUUAGAGAACCAACUAGAAGCUUUCUUGGAUGGGACUUUACCUUCAGCCAAUGACAUUGCUCCACUACAAAGCAGCGGUGAAGACAGAGAGCCCUUCUCUCUGAUCGAGGAUCUCCAGAAUGACCUGCUGAGUCACGCGGGCGUGCUGGACCAUUCACACUCACCCAUGGAGACUGCCGAGGCCCAGUUUGCCGCAAGCACUCCCUGUCUGUCACUUGACCUCUCUGACUCCAACUUGGACAACAUGGAGUGGUUAGACAUCACUAUGCCUAAUGCGUCGUCAGGACUCACUCCUCUCAGCGCCACUGCCCCCAGCAUGUUCUCUGCUGACUUUCUGGAUCCACAAGACCUGCCGUUGCCAUGGGACUAACAUCACAGGCUUCUCGUCUCAGAGUUCAUGAGUUUUAAGAUGAUGAAGAUGAGUCAAAGGUCAGUUUUUAGAGACAGGUCCAUAGUUGCAUCAUUGCAAAUGGAUAGAUGGUCACAGCCUGGAAACCAAGUAUAAGAACAUUUCAUUGCAUCCAGCAGUGAAUGUGUGCAGUUUAAUGCAGCACAGGGCCUUCUGAAAAAUCUCUGGUCAAAGAAGACUCAUCUGUUUCUUCAAACACCACUAAAGAAGGAAGAGUUCUUUAGAUAAAAACAGAGAGUAAUGUGCAGGAUAACGACAUGAGGCUUCUCUGGUAACCAACUACAUUUAAACCGCUGUGGUCACUUUCAGGCCCUUAAUAAAAAAGCAUGCAGCUCCACUCAGAAAAGAAUGCCGGUGUGAGGGAGGUGAGAGGUCACUGCAUGUGUGUUUCUAGAAACAGCCCGCGCCCCGCCCAGGAUGCCGCAGGGAUCAAAGGCAGUGGACAGCGCCAGCUGAAGACUUAGUUCCAUUCAGAACCAAUGUAAUUUUUUUUUGCGUUGUAGUUUAUUUUGUGAUUUUUGGAAUCUUACUUCAGAUUUCCAAAUUUAAAUUUAAAUGGAAGUGUUUUCACCAUAACCUGACAAUGUAUACAAAAUACUGUCAUAAAUGAUCCCCUGUAAAAAGUCCAAGUCUAUUGAUAACACUGAAAAUCCUGUUAGCAACCCUCUGCACUGAGUAGAUUGAUUUACUGUAUAAAUUAGACAUGUCUGUGUACACGCUACAUUGGGACUUGUACAGCCUACUUUGGGGUGAGAAAUUGGGUAUCCGGUGGCCCUACUUGUUUUAAUAACUCAAAUAUUUCUAGAGUACUUGAGCCAAUGUAUUUCUGUAUUUUAAGAACUAACUUUCAGGUAACCAGACCCAUCUCAAAGAACCAAGAAAAAGCUUUAAGUGUAAAAUAUCUUUCUGAGCUGGUGAGCUGCAAAGCGAAGGCAAGGUCUGUCGUUCCCAGGAAACUCCCACAACAGCUCCAGGCUAGCCUGUCGCCAGGUCAGCCUCUGGACUGCUGCUCCGGCCACCUCUCCUCCCGCUUAUCCUGGUCCUCACUUCACAGGCUUGGCACUGGGAGUUGUACCUGAGCUCUCACUACAUUGUCAAGCCGAAGACUGAAAAACUGGAGGUUUUAUUAGUUUUUUAUAGAGAGAGAAAGUUAUCACAUUUGUUGAGUAGUUUCUUAAGAAUUUUCUGAAAUGCCAAUUGUCACAGGAUUUCCAAAAUGAUUUUAGAAUAGUUGUUGAAAUACGUGACAUGUAUAUAACUUUAAAAAAAAACACAAGUCUACCAAAAAGUAGGUUUUUAUUAAAUACUGUCAAGCUCUCCACUCCCCUGUGUAAGCCCGAGAGCCGGGUGACCUUUCUCCGGGUCACUGAGCAGGGACUGUCACACGGUGGCACGCAGAGGCAGCCUGACCCGCUAUUUGAAAAGAAUUUGUGAAUCAUUUCUGGGUUUGUGUUUUGCCUAAGAGCUGAUCUUAUUUCAAAUUUUUAUUUCAGUUUGUAAAUUUCACUACGUGUAAGAAAAGUCCAUUUUUCCAGAAUUCAGUCGCCCAGAACACUGGAGCCCCCUGUUAACUGACACUUCCACCUUGAAAGCGCUUCUGAAGGGUUCCAGGCAGAGCCGGUGGUGCUCAGUGUGGUCUGUGGUGAGUAGAUGAAUCGUUCAGAAAUGGGUGACCCAGCUCGAGGCGUCCAGAUGCUGCCAUGUGACCAAGCCCAGCAUGUGCAUCCUCAGUCAUUCAUUUCCUCUCCAGAGGGCCUGUCGCCCAGGGCAGGGCUAGUGACUUAGGCAGGUAAUUUCUUAGAGCAGGUCUCAGCAGUGGAUUUUUGUCUGCAACUAAUCUGGUCCAUACUUGGAUUCUAGGCAUCACCUUUUUCAGAUUUAAGUGGCUUAUUAAAUUAGAACCAAGUAUCAGUGGGACUAUAGGAGGCAACUGAACAGCUAAUGCUAUUGACUGUCCAUGAAUUAACUUUCUAUUUCCAUCUUUUCAAAUUGUGUACAUAGAUCAUUUCCUAGCCCUCGGGUCCCCUUAUCGUGUCUUUAAAUAGAGUUUGAAACAUGCCACUGGAAGGCUGCUCUCCAGAAACACACACUGCAGCGCAAAGAAUGCCAUCGCAUCAGCCUGCUCACUUUUCAUUAUGUUGCUAAUGUGUCCACCUUACAUAUGUGUUCAAACCUUUCUGUACCAGCAUCUCCUUUACAAGGAAGGAAGGCAAGGAGUCUCGAGUUAGGAAGUCUACCAGCUGCCAAUUCCCACCAUUCCGCUGGGCCCUCCUGGCCUGGCCUGGCCUGAGCAGCAAGCUGGGUGUCUGCUGCUCUCCAGGGUCCCAGCUACACGUUCCAGGUUAUUCCAGGUUAGAGUGAGGACACAGACCAUGGGCAACGUGUGACGUGACCAAAGAUGACACUCUGUAACCAAGGCUCCUCUGACCUAACUCAGUGUGCUUAAAGGUAAAUGCGAUGGGAAAGGUGUGUGUUUACUAGAGAGGAUGGUUUUUACUGUUUGAGGUGAGUUUCACAGCCGUGGAAGCCCGGGUCAGAACAGCCGGCUGGGUUUUCAGUGCACAUGUGUGUAGUUUAGAGGCGGCAGUGCUAUGUAUCAUCUUGCAGAAGAUCCUACUGCCAAGAAAACAAUUCCUAGAAAACAUAUUAUCUCACAUGCAGUCUCAUUUCCCUAAAUAUUCCUGAAACACAGUAGUAUCAAGCUUACCUUUCUAGUGCACAUAGGUAUCAGGUCGUGUCGUUGGGGGUGGGAGGCACACAGUUACACCAAAGCUUCUACAUAGUCUUUGGAAGUCUAAGGGUAUGUGGUCAUCUUGUACAUUUCAGCAAAGCAUGUACUAGACAACCUUGGGGACAGUGUUAGUGGUUCAUGUUCUAGUGUUUUUCCUGAAAUGUGCAAUCUACUGUAUAGUAAUCGCCACAUAUUUGUACAUAGGUGUAUUCUGAAUUAAGGGAAUUUCUCGUUUAGACACUAUUUGUGUUCGUUUUAUAUGAAUAUUUUUAUAAUACUAAAGAGAUCUUAUUUAAAUUUCCUUUUUAAAAACUGCACAGUUCUGUGACCCGAGUAACUGACACUCCUGCCAGGGUAGAUUAAGAGCAGGGCAGAGGCGGUUUAGCGCCCCCUCCGAACUGCCGCCUGCUGUGGGCAGGGUGGCGGUCACAGGAUAGGGCCCCUGAGCUGUGCAGUCAGCAGACACUGAGAGCCAUAUCAGGAGCACUACUCAUUUUGUCACCAAAGCUGACUCAGGCUUCCCUUACCCUCGACCCCAGAUCAUUCCAGGCCACAUAGCUUUCUUCAGAGUCCUUGCAGAACUACCAGGCUGAAUCCAGCCACACAGCUGACUAAGCAGCUGUCCCGUGCACACCACACGCUGUCCCCGUGGGCCAUCUGGUGCAGACGUCUACCAGCAGAGCAGCACAGUCCCCUUUACCCCCACUCACAAAUAACCCUCCGUUUUGCCGUCCAUCGCUGCAAACAUGAGUCCUGGCUAUGGGCAAUGGAGCAGAAUAACAGACUGUCCAUGGCCCUGGCACCACAAAAUGAGCCCAAAAUAUCAAAAACCAUCAACUGGAAGAUCAGGCUUAUCAAGGGACACAGCUUACAAGUGCAGGCAUGUGUUUGGAGAGCAUCCUCACUGCAUUUCAGCUCAUCUUUUAAGUGGCUUCCGUCAAAACUGGAAAAUAAUUCAGAUGCAGUAAUUCCUUGUCAGACUUUCAAUACCUUGCUCAGUGACCUUUCCAGGCUGCGUUCUGAUGUGAAAUGACUGUCUGCAUGGCAGUGCGUGUCUUCCCUGCUCGCCCCUUUUUUCAGUGUUUGAGGGAAACGCAUCAUUGCAAAGGGUUUCUACCAGAAAUCUCAUCUGAGGCCUAUAAUGCAAAAAGCUGCACAUGUUUACAAAAGCGCUCUGACCCUCCACACAAACACAUUGCUCUGUGAAUCGUUAUUGAAAAAAUACCACAAUCUUGUGACAACAGGAUGGCAAUCUCAGAUCUACAAGGUGCUGUCUGGAAUCAGAUCAAACAUGUCAUUGGUGACAGUGACACCGCUGUCGUGUGUAACAGAGCUUUAUGCCAACUGCUCAGACAAAGCUUUCACCAAGCUCGUAGGAUCACUGAGGCUCAUAGCGAUUACCUCUCUACAUUGUGCUGUAAGAACACUUGCUGAUUUGGUAGGAGGAAGAAGCAUUUAGGAAAGGGUUUAGUAUCUACCAAAAGUACUUAACCUCAAGUAACCAGUAGUAAUGCAAACUUGCUUUAAAGGAACCAAAGGCAUUGCCAAGUAUUUGCCAAAAAGAGGCACUUUUUAUUUAAAAUUUGAGACUAAUGAGAUCUCAAAAAUCAGUCCCAAAAAGGUAUUAUCCAUUUAAGGUUAUAAUUUUCACAAAGGUGUAGAUAUUUCUGUAUUGUUUUCAUGUAAAAUAGUAUAGAUUUGUUCUGUUGGUUUAGGAAUAGUACACACUUAGUAGUAGUACAAAAUUUUUUCCUUUCUACGUACAAAUUAGUUUUCUUGCUUGCAAUAGAAGUGCAACAUGAUAGGUGUUUCUCUUCUUAUUUUCAUUGUCACGUUAUGUCUUAGCAUCUCACUUUAUGAAAAAAAGGAGAAAGAUACCAAUCUACAGAGCCCUGCUUAUUCAAGCACUCGUUUAAGAAACAAAAAAAUUAUGGCAAUCGGGGGUCCAUUCAUGUAUUGCCUUUAUGUUGUUUUUUAAAAGGAAAACCGUGAUGCCUUUGUAUUUGCUGUUUGCACCCCUGAAAUCAAUUCCAUAUCAUGUUUGAAUGCCAUACGUUUUGCACAUGUACUGUACAUAGGUAAUGCAUACUGUAUUUUUAUAUGUGUGCACAUUUAUCAUCAGAUCUUUUGUACAUAGUGGCAGUAUUGUAGCGGACCGGAAAAUGUUUGAUAUCUCAGCAAUUUUGCAUUUUUGUGUCUCAAAUAAAAGGCAUUUUGAUGUA